AUGGCGAACCACGCAUCCGCUCCGUUCUUUGAAAUCCAAGCAGCACCAGCACAACCAGAAACACAAGAAGCACAAGCCAUCACGACCACUUCGACUUCGACUUCGACCACUACCACCACCACCACGCCCUCAACCGAUACCGCUCGCCGCCGCCCCUCUUAUACCGCUCUCCGACGCUUCACCUCAUCAUCAUUUACACAAACUGCCAGAACCGCUGUCGCUGGCUGCCCCUUUGGCCUUGAUCACGACGCCCAGGAGUCCACACAUCAUCUUGUCGACUGCGUCGCGGCUGCAUCGAGACCACCUCCUCGACCUGAUCUCCCCCCCACGAGGCUGAGCAACCCAACCACAACAUCACCUCCCACCGAUCGAGCGUCGAACACAAGCGACGACACAACCAGCUCCCCUUUCCGAUCCGUCGAGCGUGACGCAAAUAUUGUCCCUCCAUCCAUACCUAGCCGCGUUCCUCUCCCCCUCCGCGUGUUUCCAAGCACUCAACCUUCACCUUGGACACAACAACCACAACAACAGAGAACCGCCAUGCGGGGUCCAGUUCCGACCAUGGCACCCAUCGGCACCCAGUAUCGCGUGGCGAUCGAGCCAGAGGGCGACUCGCAGUCAUCGUCGAGCAACUCGCCAGCACGCCAGGACUACGACGAGUCGGAUUUCUACGCCGGAAACAAUGAUUCUCAGUCUUCCAUCGGGGUCCCGACCUUCAGAGACAUGGCCGUCUCGGGGGAGGUGUGCGAACCACCAGCGAACCGAUUACCGGCCGAAGUUCUGAUUGGGAUCUUCUCGAAACUGAGUGGCCCUGCAGAACUCCUGAACGCCAUGCUUGUAUCGAAGCGAUGGGCUCGAAACUGCGUGGAUUUGCUAUGGCAUCGACCUUCUUGUACGACUUGGGCCAAGCACAGCUCCAUAUGCAGGACACUUUCGCUCACAGACCCAACCUUUACAUAUCGAGACUUUGUUAAACGACUGAAUCUCGCCUCCCUUGCAGACGCGGUCAACGACGGCAGUGUUGUACCUCUUUCCGUCUGUUCACGAAUCGAACGUCUCACGCUCACGAUGUGCCAAGGCCUUACAGAUGCAGGACUUAUUCCACUUCUUACGGAUAGCAAGGGCCUACUUGCGCUCGACAUCUCUGGGGACACACAGAUUACUUCCGAGUCCAUGGUUGUAUUAGCGGAGCACUGUAAGAGGCUCCAGGGGCUCAAUAUCACCGAAUGCCUUAAGAUCAGUAACGAGUCCAUGAUUGGUGUGGCUAAUGCCUGUAAACAUAUCAAAAGACUCAAGCUUAAUCAUUGCGAACAACUCGAGGAUUCUGCUAUCCUAGCAUUUGCUCGGAAUUGUCCAAACAUCCUGGAAAUCGAUUUGAUGGGGUGCAACUCGGUUGGCAACGCACCUGUCACCGAACUAUUUGCUAACGGGGCAUGCCUCCGAGAGCUUCGUUUGCCAGACUGCAACUUAAUCUCCGACGCGGCAUUCCUCUCUUUGCCACUCAACAGAACAUAUGAAAAUCUUCGAAUAAUAGAUCUUACAGCUAAUUUGAGGGUGACGGAUCAGGCCGUCGAGAGAAUUAUCGAUGCUGCGCCCCGAUUGAGGAACAUCAUCUUUGCGAAAUGUCGAAACUUGACAGAUAUCUCAGUCAAUGCUAUCAGCAAGCUCGGAAAGAACCUCCACUAUCUCCAUCUUGGUCACUGUUCGCAUAUCACUGACACAGCGGUGAUCAAAAUGGUGACAUCUUGCAAUCGGAUUCGCUACAUCGAUCUUGGCUGCUGUACCCACCUAACAGAUGCUUCUAUUACCAAAUUGGCCCAGCUGCCCAAGUUACGACGUAUAGGACUUGUCAAAUGCGCUCAAAUCACGGAUCUGAGUGUUCUAGCGCUCGCUCAGUAUCGAGGUACGAGAAAUCACUCUCUGAGACCUGGUGAGCCUAUGUGGCAUGGCAGUAGCCUCGAAAGAGUCCAUCUCAGCUAUUGUGUUAAUUUAACUCUUUUGAGUGUCGUUAAACUUCUGGACAAUUGCCAAAAGCUUACCCACCUGAGUUUGACGGGAGUUUCGGCCUUCCUACGGCCAGAUCUGGAACAAUAUUGCCGCGAGGCACCGCCUGAAUUUACCGAGCACCAGAGAAACGUCUUCUGUGUUUUUUCAGGUAAUGGAGUAACUGGCCUCCGUCGGCACUUGAUGAAUCAUCCAUCCGGCGACGAUUUUGAUCAAGAGACUAUAGUUGGUGAUGAUCAAACCAUGACCGGGAUGAUGGGCGCAACCGCCCUUACUGGAGACGAAGAUGCGGAUGCGGAUGGGGAUGACGACUUAGAUGAUGUAGAAGUGGGAAACAACUCUUUCCUUGGCGCAGCGACUUGA